AUGGGUUCGUGGAUACGCAUUGCGGUGACGAUCCUGGGCUGCUGCGCCUCACUGGGAUCGGCCGGCCCGGACAAACUGCCCUUAGGUACUGCAGACUCUGUCAAGCACAGAGGGUCGACAAGGUACGGCGCCGGUGGAAGGGCCAACACUAAUUUAAAUAUAGGCGCCAUUUUCACUCCCCACUCUCGGGACUUGCAGACCGCCUACGAGUUCACCAUGCACGAGCACAACAAGGGCGAAUCCAGGUUCAAGGUCAACUCGACGGUUGGAAUCGUCAUGAACGACGAUCCUUUCAACCUUACCCGAGAAGUGUGCCAGCAGAUGAGCCGCGGCAUCAUCACCGUCGUGGCGCCCAACGUGGGGUCCUCGUACGAGACGCUGGUGUCGCUGUCCAACACCUUCCAGAUGCCCUUCGUGAGCACCUGCUUCCCCGAGCUGGCCGCCCUCCGACCGGCCUACUUCGGCGUCUCGCUCAAGCCAAACUACAUACCCGCCAUCUUGGACGUGAUCAAGUACUACAACUGGCCCUUCAUCAUCUACCUCUACGACACGGAUGACGGGUUGCUGAAGUUGCAACAAAUCUUCCACAUGACGUCGAACAAGAAGCUGGACGUGCGGGUCGUGCGGCGCUUCAUGAACGUGUCGGACGCCAACGCAUUCCUGCACGAGAUGGAGCUGGACGACAGGGAGUCCCGCAAGUACGUGGUGCUCGACAGCAGCGCCGAGGUGGCCAAGGAAAUCAUCAUCAACCACGUCCGGGACCUGUACACCGGACGACGCAACUUCCACUUCCUUCUCACAAGCCUCGUCAUGGACGAGUACUUCAACAACCAAAUCCUCGAACUCGGCGUCAUCAACGUCACCGGAUUCCGGAUGCUGCAAUCAAAUCGAGACGAGUUCAAGAUCUUUCACAAGUCGUGGGAAAAGCUGGACCACAGCAAAUGGCCCGGCGCGGGAACGGCAUACGUUUCGGCGGACGUGGCCUUGAUGCACGACGCCACAAAAGUCAUCCUGGACGCGUACUCUCGGCUUCUCAAGAACAAGUCGGACAUCUUCCGGAACAACUUCAGGCGGGGGGAGGUCUACAACCGAGGCACAAAAGGCAUCGACUGCCAGAGCUGGCCCGCCGUCACGUGGGAGCACGGCAAGGUCAUCGCCGACUACAUGAAACAGACACAGAUAAAAGGCCUCACGGGAAACAUAUCAUUUGACAGCCAGGGAUACCGAGUCAAUUUUUCUAUUGACGUCGUGGAGAUGACGAUUAACAGCGAGAUGGUUAAGAUCGCAGACUGGACGGACACUCGUGGACUUAGCUCACAUCCCCCAAAGUACAAACGGGUCAAACAAGACAACGAAUUUGAAAACAAGACGUACAUUGUAACCAGCAUAUUGGAGGAGCCUUACCUGAUGUUCAAGAAGCCCGAACCGGGGCAGGUCUUGGUCGGCAACGACCAGUUUGAAGGGUACUGUAAAGACCUUGCGGAUCUUGUCGCGGAGCACAUACGCAUCACCUACGUUCUCAAGUUGGUCAACGACUCAAAAUACGGCGGACGCGAUGUCAAUUCUCCGGCGGGCUGGAACGGCAUGGUGGGAGAACUCAUCCGCCAGGAAGCUGACAUGGCAAUCGCUCCGUUGACCAUCACCUCCGCCCGAGAACGCGUGAUCGAUUUCACCAAACCCUUCAUGUCCCUGGGCAUCAGCAUCAUGAUCAAGAAGCCGAUGAAGAUGAAACCCGGCGUGUUCUCCUUCAUGAACCCGCUGUCCCGCGAGAUCUGGAUGUGCAUCAUCUUCGCCUACGUGGGCGUCUCGGUGGUCCUGUUCCUCGUGAGCCGAUUCUCGCCACACGAGUGGCGCUACGAGGAGACCUUCGUGGGACCGUCCGUGUCAAACGACUUCUCGCUCUACAACAGUCUCUGGUUCUCCCUUGGAGCCUUCAUGCAACAGGGAUGCGACAUCUGCCCCAGGUCGGUAGCUGGUCGCAUCGUUGGCAGUGUCUGGUGGUUCUUCACGCUGAUAAUCAUUUCAAGCUACACCGCCAACUUGGCUGCAUUUUUGACUGUCGAGCGCAUGGUCACGCCGAUCAACUCAGCCGACGACCUCGCCAAGCAGACUGAGGUCGAGUACGGUACACUCUCCUUCUCCUCGACCCAAGAGUUUUUCAGGCGAUCUAAAAUUGCCGUCUACGCCCGGAUGUGGGAGUUCAUGAACACGCGGAAGCACGUGUUCACCUCGACGUACGAAGAAGGCAUCCGACGGGUACGCGAGUCCAAGGGCAAGUACGCCUUCCUCAUGGAGUCCACCAAGAACGACUACAUCAACGAGAGGCAUCCCUGCGACACCAUGAAGGUCGGGAGGAACCUGGAUGCCAAGGGAUACGGAGUCGCCACCCCCCUUGGCUCGAACCUCAGGGAUCGGCUGAACUUGGCCGUUCUUUCUAUGAAGGAGAACGGUGACCUUGCUCGACUGGAAAACAAGUGGUGGUACGACCGCAGCGAAUGCAGAAGCGGAGACAGCAAAGAAUCCACCCAGAACGAGUUGACACUCAGCAACGUGGCUGGCUGCUUCUACAUCCUAAUAGGCGGCCUAGUGCUGGCGAUGGUCGUUGCCCUGCUAGAAUUCUGCUACAAGUCUCGCAUGGAAGCGGCGCGUUCAAAGAUGACAAUGUACGAGGCUAUGAAGGCCAAAGUACGCAUGUCCAUCACAGGAACUCAAAAUGGCGAUCGUGGAAGGGUGCAGCAGCUGUACAGUCCCCCAUCAAACGCACUGACGGUGGAUCACCUCGCUGAUCCUCUUGGUGAAAACACCCACACGCAAGUUUGACCUCGGCUUCACCGGUCGCCUGCAGUCACCCACGAAAGCGUGACGUCAAGGCUGUGUC